AUGAAGACCACCAUGUUUGCCCUCUUCCUUCUCCUUGCCUUCGCCUCUUCGGCCACAGCCGGUGUUGUUCUGGACACAAAUGGCGACGCGGUUGAUAACAACGGAGCCGCCUACUACAUCCUCCCGGAUAUUUUUGCAAAAGGCGGAGGCUUAGCCCUAGCCAGCACGGACAAGGAAACUUGCCCUCUUACCGUCGUGCAAUUACCAUCUGAAGUCCAAAACGGCUUGCCCCUGAGAAUUUCGUCGCCAUUAAGAAUUGCAAUCAUCAAAACAGACAUGAAUGUGGAUAUCUCCUUCAUUGCUGUACCAGCAUGUGCUUCUACACCGUCCAAGUGGACCGUUGUUGAGGGCAAGGAAGGCGCAAAGUCGGUGAAAAUCACUGGGUACGGUAACACUUUGAAGGGUUGGUUCAGGAUUCAGAAUUACAGUCGCUUGGCGUAUAAGAUUGUGUUCUGUCCCACUGAUGCUGAUUCUUGUGAAGAUGUUGGGAUUUCAACGGAUGAUGAUGGAAAUAGGCGUUUGGUUAUCUCUAAUGGCAACCCUUUCGCGGUUGUGUUCGUGAAAGCCACAUCACUUGAAGCUUGAUAAGUCUUUAGAAGUAUCAAAUCGUCUAUCAAUAAGAUCAUCUGAAUGAUGUUUCCUUGUGAUAAGUUAUGACGAUUAAAUAAAAUGAUGCUUCAAACUGGCUCUCU